AUGAUCAUGGUGAUUCCGAAUGUGAUGGGUAUUGCGAUCUACUCACCACCACUUGACUCUCUUGGCAAUACCUACCGCGGUUUGAAGUUCGCUGAAGCUUUCAUCAACAAGUUCAACUUCCACAAUUACGACAGUUUAGUUUAUUCGGAUUGUCAGAAGAUGGAUCCGAGGAAAGCGGUCACCGAAUGCGAUCAAGAUAACACCUCACGAUUCAUGUUCGCAGCAAAACAUGGCGACAUAUCGGCGAUCAAGAGAUUCCUCCUGAUGGGUAUGAACAUUCAUGAUCGCGAUUACGACAACCGCACAGCUUUGCAUGUGGCAGCUUCUGAAGGAGACCCAGUCUGCCUCAAGUAUUUACUAUCUAGAUGGAAAGAAUCGCCUGAUCCUCGUGACCGAUUUGGAAGAAGCCCACUGGAUGACGCGAAGUUCUUCAAACAUCUGGAAUGUGUCGAAAUCCUCAAGUCAGCAAUCGAAGGAAUGGAAUCUGUCGCAGAAAACGACGAGCCGAAUACUUCCAACUCAUAG